AUAGCUGGCUGGCUGGCUGGCUGGCUGGCUGGUUGCUUCCGCUUCUAGACAAACGCAACGUUCUAGUUGGGACGAGCCGCUCUGGCAAUCUGGUUGAAAAUUCUUAAUAGUACGUGUGCUACGAAUAUUGUGCGUUCGCAAGAAGACCGACCGCGCGCCCGCCCGCUGGACUUUUCUUCCACACGCCUACAAGCAGCAGUUUAGCCGUCAACUGUGAAAACAAAGCUGAACCAGCAGCAGCAGUUUGUUGGAACAAACAGAUACGUUAUUAAGGUGAAUCUAAGGAGCCGCGGAAGGGCGGAAAACACUUGCAUACGUACAUAUACAUACAUGUAUGCAUGUAUGUAUGUAUGCAGCUUUGGGAAAUAGCAGCAAAAAUUGUGCGCACCACCCAGUGCGGUCAUAUUGGAAAAUUAGUUACUGUGCUGUGCAUAUUUCUGACUUCGCUGCAUAUUGAAAGUGCAUUGGUUGUACUAACUAGAAGUGCAAAUCCAUUGUGCAGUCAAUUACCCGACAAAACGACAUAACACACCAACAACAACAACAGCAACAAUAACUGCAAGUGCGGCAGCACUAACAGAAAACGAUAACGAAGCAAAAGUGCGAUAGUGAAGUAAAUAAAAAAAAAAUAGAAACAAAAAAUUCGUCACAACGACGUCUACCACGGUGGCAGCCACGGCGUUCACAUCGGAUACGCCGAAUCAACAACAAAUUUCACGGCGUCGACGUCGGCGAAUAGUCGACCCUUCGCCGCCGCCGCCACCGCCUCCGCUGCCUCUAUACCCAACUACCGCCAACGGCCACACCAUUACUACGACCAGUCGUGUCGGUCGACGCGUGCGCCUACCGGUGCACCUGGCGACAUCGGUGACGGCUCCCAUAAGAACGGGAGCGUCAUCUACGUUGGCUCCGAAAAAAUUACGAACUUUGCGAAAAUUGCUGUCGCGCGGCAAAAGAAGGCACCUCAAAGUGCGCAGUGCUAACAGCGGCGUCAUCGGCAUUCAACCACAGCAACAUUUCAAUAAUAUCAUCAAUAGCAACAACAAUCAGAGUAGUAUCGGCAACAAUACAAAUGCAAUAGCCGAUAGUGAAGAUGCCAUGAAAGUAAAGGAGCGCGAAAAAGUAAUGGCUGAUAAGAAUUCAAAUGAAGCAUUGGAGGUGAUUAAGGAAGCCGAAGUCGAAGGUGUCGUCCAACGAAUGAACGGAGCAGCCGUGGAUGCCUGCAAGUCGGAAAAUAAAGCUUCACCUUCACCUGCACUCCAGCAGCCUGCUCACGAAAAAAUGCUCUAUGAUACGCGCAUUCGGCGAAAAAAUGUGCUGGCACUCAACGAGAAAGUGGCGGCCAUACGCGAAUAUGAAAAAUCACCGGUCUAUAAGCGAGUUGGUCGCCUCUUCCAUUGCAGUCCCGAUCAGAUAAAACGCAUAGUACAGCAAAAGGAUAGCAUACUUGAGGCAUGGCAACAACGUACGCGCCGCUCACGUGUUUCGAUGCUGGGGAAAGCCGUCUUCGACUGGCUGCGACGUAUGAUCUACUACCAGGACAUACACAUAACCGAUGGACUCAUACAAAAGACAGCGUUGCAAUUCAAGAGUGCAAUGGGUCUGCAGAAUUUCUUUCCGCAUCAGGAUUGGUGCGACAAAUUUCGACAAACCUACAAAAUAUACACAAGUGAUAGUAAAUUGUUGAAUAUUGGCUACCCUCAGGGGUAUUCAGUGCAAAUUAAGGAUGUCAUGAAGGAUGUGCUAAACGAGUGUACACCGGAUGCGGGUAAGGCGCAGCUGCGUGAUCAAGAUGAUGAUGAUGAUGACGACGAUGUUCAGGAAAUAAAGGAAGAGCCUAAAAAUAGCGACAAUACUAGGGGGCGGCAAGAAGAUGGUGGUGGCGAGGAUAUGGCGGCAAAGCGAAGACGUUUGAAUGCCACUCAAAGUGGUACAAUUGGCAGUGCGUCAAAUGCUUCAAGCAGCACUCUAAAUGCAACUGGAAAUCCGCCCAUUAAUCGCAUAAAUUUGAGCAAAGUCAACAUGAAUACGCCCAAUAAGAAUGCAAUGUCUUCUAAUAUUGAAAAUAGAAGCGCUACACAGCCAGCGUUGCAUAAGGUGCCAACGCCACAGAUGCCACCAUUGCGUCAACUGGUCGCAUUGCCACUUCAGGGCAACGUCGCAGGCAUGCCGCAAAAGGUGCUCGUCGCCACGCCCAUUACACCUGCUGGUCAGGUGGGCGGCACAAAACCAAUGACAAUGACAAUUAUACCACUGGCGACCAUAGCGCAAUCGCAAAGCAUGCAACCGGCCUCGGCAGCGGUGUCAGCUUCUGCGACGGCAGCUACUGCCAAUGCGCUGACAGCUGCACUAGCUACAACAACGGCAACUGCAGCUACGCCGUCUUCAGAUGCGGAAAAGUCAGCCGUGCCAACGCCUAUGUUGGAUAUUAAAAAGGAAAUCAAGCAAGAGCCGGUUGAAGUCAAAGAGGAAUACAUUUCGGAUGCUGAAGUAGAAAGAGAAGGAGAAGCGGAAGAGGAAGAGGAGCCAGCGGCGACAGGGAAUCCACAACAACAACAACGAAGCGCACAUAGCAUCCUGCAGUCGGCUGCGAUUGCACCACAACGGAAUUCUAAAAAGCGUCAAACUAAUGCUUUUAACACCGAUGCUGACGCCUCUCCGUCGAGUAGUGGCACAACGGUGGCAGAACGUGAAUCGGCGGAUGAUGAAAAUAUCGCCUUGGCUAAUUUGCGACGACUCAUACAAACUCAAGGUAAAAUUGUAGCCACUUCAACGCCACCACCACCAGUUGGCGUGCGUACUGCGAUAGCAGCAUCAGCGAUACCGCCACUUGCGCCAAAACCUAACCCACCGCCCGUAACAUUGACACCGAUUACAGCUGCCAUGAGCGAUCGCCAAAAUUUAGCAACUAUAUCAACGACUGCCAUUACUUGCAUACCUGCCGCCAACAUAUCUGCCAUGAGCGGGUCAUUGAGCUUCACUCCGCCCUUGCCGCCGUUGACGAAAGCACCAGAUGCGGUUAUAAAUCGGAUGGCGAAUAAGCGGAAAAAUACCGCAAAUGAUGGACCGAUAAUGCCGCCCAUCAAAAGUUGUUCCGAGGCGCGUAAAUACCUAAAGUUACUGGAAGACUUUGCAUUGGUUAAAGAAAAUUUUCGACUGAUCGGUUUGAUAACGCGCGCCGAUGAAGUGCUGCGUGAGCUGGAUGGUGACGAUGAUGUGGAUGUGGAUUAAGAGCGAUCCGACGACGCUGGAGGGUUAUUGGGAUAAUAUUUUUGUAAGGCUGUAUGCAAUUAACUUGUGUACAGAUGUAAGCACAUACACACAUACAUACAUUCAUACGUAUGUACAUAUAAAUUUCGACAUAUAAAAGUUACUGUAUCUAUAGCUUUUUCUAUGAGUACCAAAGCCGGUAAUUGUUACCAUAGUUUGUAAGUAAAGUGAGGAAGAUGAAUAGAAGUUUUCAUACACACGUACAUAUGUAUGUACAUAUAUAUGUACUUUGUUUUUUCUUCAAUGCAUAUGAAUUGAUUUAAUUUUAUUGAACUGAAUACCAUGAUACUUUUAUGAAUACUUUUAUUUUUACACACCAUGUAGGACAUUAGAAGUCCACUAAUUUUCAUUAAAAAUUCAAUAAAAUCACAUACAGAUGUCAAUUCUUUAAUUGAAA